AGAUCCCUAAAUAACAUUGGUAUUUCGGUCCAUGGAGGUCUUCCUAAAGCAGCAUAUGUGACCCAUGAGAGGGUCUGGGCUUCAUCGUUCAUCCAGGGUGUUUGUGGAGUGACGUCUGAAGACAUAUUCUACAUCAAUCUCCCUCUGUAUCACAGCGCUGGAUUCCUCAUCGGACUUGUCGGAUCCAUUGAAAGAGGUAACACUGUGGUUCUGCGGAGGAAGUUUUCCGCCUCUCAGUUCUGGGACGACUGCAGAAAGUACAACAUAACCGUGAUGCAGUACAUUGGUGAAACACUGCGCUACCUCUGCAAUAUGCCAAAGAAAGACGAUGACCGAGACCACAAAGUGAGAGUUGCCAUUGGAAAUGGUGUACGAGCAGAUGUCUGGAAAGAAUUCUUGAACCGUUUCGGACGCAUUCAUGUCCGAGAGCUCUAUGCCGCCACCGAGGGAAAUGUCGCCUUCAUCAAUUACACUGAUAAAGUUGGAGUGGUCGGUCGUAUCAAUAUUCUCAGCAAGGUGUUUUUCCCCUAUUCCAUCAUUAAGUUUGACAUUGAGAAAGAAGAGCCCGUGAGGAACGCCGACGGUCUGUGUAUCCCAGUUGGAAAAGAUGAGGUGGGCCUUCUGGUCGGGAAAAUCACGAAACUCACCCCUUUUGUCGGCUAUGCUGGGAACAAGCAGCAGAACGAGAAGAAGAGACUCAGCGACGUGUUUGUGAAAGGAGACCUGUAUUUCAACAGUGGAGAUCUGCUGAGGAUCGACAAAGACAAAUUUGUCUACUUUCAUGAUCGAGUUGGAGACACAUUCAGGUGGAAAGGAGAGAAUGUGGCUACAACUGAGGUAGCAGAUAUUCUCACGAUGGUGGACUGCAUCGAGGAGGCCAAUGUGUACGGAGUCAAAGUUGAAGGUCAUGAAGGAAGGAUUGGAAUGGCAGCUGUAAAGCUGAAAGAAGGCAGAGAGUUUGACUGCAUCAACACUUGCAGUGUUUUGGUGAACUAUCUUCCAGUGUACGCCAGACCUCGAUUCAUCCGA